AUGUUGCAGCUCCCAAAUCAGAAUCAGAACCAGAACCAAGAUCAGAAGCAGAAGCAGAAUCAGAAGCAGAAUCAGAUCCAGUGUCUUGGUCUUCUGGCUCCGUUUCCGACUGCUCGCUCAUCAAAGUACUCUCGGCAGGAGUGCGGUCAAAAGAGACCUGGCCGAUAUCCUCUUUGA